AUGUCUUCUGAAACUUUUGAAUUUCAAGCUGAGAUUACUCAGUUGAUGAGUUUGAUCAUCAACACUGUUUACUCUAACAAGGAAAUUUUCUUAAGAGAAUUGAUCUCCAACUCUUCUGAUGCUUUGGAUAAGAUUAGAUACCAGGCUCUAUCUGAUGCCAAGCAAUUAGAAACCGAACCAGAAUUGUUCAUUAGAAUCACUCCAAGACCUGAGGAAAAAGUUUUGGAAAUCAGAGAUUCUGGUAUUGGUAUGACCAAGGCUGAAUUGAUCAACAACUUGGGUACUAUUGCCAAGUCUGGUACUAAAGCCUUUAUGGAAGCUCUAUCUGCCGGUGCAGAUGUUUCUAUGAUUGGUCAAUUCGGUGUUGGUUUCUAUUCUUUAUUUUUGGUGGCAGACCAGGUUCAAGUUAUUUCUAAGCACAACGACGAUGAACAAUACAUCUGGCAAUCCAAUGCUGGUGGUUCUUUCACUGUUUCCUUGGAUACCGAUAACGAAAGAUUGGGUAGAGGUACCGUUCUAAGGCUAUUCUUGAAGGAUGACCAAUUAGAAUACUUGGAAGAAAAGAGAAUUAAGGAAGUCGUCAAGAGACACUCUGAAUUCGUUUCUUACCCAAUUCAACUUAUGGUCACCAAGGAAGUUGAGAAGGAUGUUCCAUUAACCGAAGAAGAAAAGAAGGAAGAAAAGAAGGAUGAGGAAAAGAAGGAAGGUGAAGAUGACAAGAAACCAAAAUUGGAAGAAGUUGAUGAAGAAGAGGAAAAGAAGCAAGAAGAAACCAAGAAGAUUAAGGAAGAAGUUAAGGAAUUAGAAGAAUUGAACAAGACUAAGCCAUUGUGGACUAGAAACCCAUCUGAAAUCUCUCAAGAAGAAUACAAUGCGUUCUACAAGUCCAUCUCCAAUGACUGGGAAGAUCCUCUAUACGUGAAGCAUUUCUCUGUCGAAGGUCAAUUAGAAUUUAAGGCUAUCUUGUUCAUUCCAAAGAGAGCUCCAUUUGACUUGUUCGAAAACAAGAAGAAGAAGCACAACAUCAAACUUUAUGUUCGUCGUGUUUUCAUCACUGAUGAAGCUGAAGAUUUGAUCCCUGAAUGGAUGGGCUUUGUCAAGGGUGUUGUCGACUCUGAAGAUUUGCCACUAAACUUAUCCAGAGAAAUGUUACAACAAAACAAGAUCAUGAAGGUCAUCAGAAAGAACAUCGUCAAGAAAUUGAUUGAAGCCUUCAACGAAAUUGCUGAAGACUCUGAACAAUUCGACAAGUUCUACUCAGCCUUCGGUAAGAACAUCAAAUUGGGUAUUCACGAAGACACUCAAAACAGACCUGCUUUGGCUAAAUUGCUACGUUUCAACUCUACCAAGUCUGUUGACGAGCAAACUUCUUUGACCGAUUAUGUCACUAGAAUGCCUGAACAUCAAAAGAACGUCUACUACAUCACUGGUGAAUCCAUGAAGGCUGUGGAAAAAUCUCCAUUUUUGGAUGCUCUAAAGGCUAAGAACUUCGAAGUUUUGUUCCUAGUUGAUCCAAUCGAUGAGUAUGCUUUCACUCAAAUGAAGGAAUUUGAAGGUAAGACUCUUGUCGAUGUCACCAAGGACUUCGAACUAGAAGAAAGUGAAGAAGAAAAGAAGAAGAGAGAGGAAGAAAUGAAACAAUACGAAGGUUUGACCGCUGCUCUAAAACAAAUUCUAGGUGAACAAGUGGAAAAGGUUGUUGUUUCUGAGAAAUUGAUCGAUGCUCCUGCUGCCAUCAGAACCGGACAAUUCGGCUGGUCCGCUAACAUGGAAAGAAUCAUGAAGGCUCAAGCCUUGAGAGAUUCUUCUAUGUCUUCUUACAUGUCCUCUAAGAAGAUCUUUGAAAUUUCUCCAAGAUCUCCAAUCACCAAAGAAUUGAAAAAGAGAGUUGAAGAAGGUGGUGCUAACGACAGAAUUGUUAAGGAUUUGACUAACAUGUUGUAUGAAACCGCUCUAUUGACCUCUGGUUUCAGUUUAGAAGACCCAUCCUCUUUUGCUAAGAGAAUUAACAGACUAAUUUCCUUGGGUCUAAACAUUGAUGAAGAAGAACAAGAAGAAGAAGCUGCUCCAGAAGCUGCUGCUUCCACUGAAGCUCCAUCUGAAGUACCAGCUGACACUGAGAUGGAAGAAGUUGACUAA